AUGGAGAUGCUGCAGGCGGCAUGGGACUGGGUAAGCUACUACCCGCGCAACUUUAAGCCGGAACAUGGUCGUGACUUCCUUGACCGGUACCCCGACUACCCCGUGUACUCCACAAUUGCGUUUCUGCUCAUCGUCUUCUACCUGCCGGCCUACAUCGAGCGGCACAGCAUCCGGCUAAGGAUCCGCUACCUUGUGGCCGCGUGGAAUCUGUCCCUCUCUAUUCUCUCCACCUACGGUACGAUUCAGGUCACCAUGCAAAUGCCAUUCCUUCUGCGCGUGCGCAGCGCACACAACGCAAUGUGCGAGCUGCCUUACGUGAGUGGCCGUAAUGAAGACCUCGUGUCGCGUCGUGCUGCCGUUGUUUACGCGCACCAGCAGGAACUCAUGAAGCGCGGGGUUGUCUUCAAGUGGGAGCGCACGCCGGCUUACAUUCAGCAACGCGAUGCCGAGCGCUUUUACAAUGGACCCGGCACGUUCGCUGUUGCCAUGUUCGCCUACCUCAAGACACCCGAGCUACUCGACACGGUCUUCCUGGUGCUCCAGCGCAAGCCUGUCUCCUUCUUGCAUUGGUACCACCACAUCGUCACCGCUAUCUACGUGUGGCUGUCGUCCUACAUGCCAAUGCCGAGUGGGAUUUUCUUCUGCGCCAUGAACUACUCUGUGCACUCCAUCAUGUACUUCUACUACUUCCUCGUCAUGAUGGGGCUGCGCAGCUCGAUCCGUCCCUUCGCGCCGGUCAUCACGCUGUUGCAAGUGUUGCAGAUGUUCAUUGGCAUGUACAUCACCGUGUACACGUACUUCCAGUACUGGCUGAGUCCCGAGUACACCAACACGCUCUUCUUCAAGUUCUUCGACGUGGUGCUCAGCAAUGCCCACUAUGUCUACCACAACGCGAAGAGCGUCGUGACGACUGGCGCGCUGGCGUCGAAGGUGCCUGCGUUCGACAUGUCUGACCGGUUCUGGGGCUGCGACAGCGACCCGACAAGCAUGCGCAUGGGCAUGCUGAUGUACGGCAGCUACUGCGUGCUGUUCGCGGUGCUGUUCAAGGAACUGUACCUGGACAAGCGCGUACACGCGAACAGCCUCGUGCGCGUGCGCACUGCUAGCGAGAUGAAGCAAGCGGAGGAUGUCAAGAAGAUAGCGUAG